AUGCCCGCCUUACUAGAAGACCCCUCCACCCGCAUCCCCGCACCAACAGCGCAUGCUACAGCUGCGCCAUCCCUAAGCGCAAGACAUGCCACCUUGCCCAAGGCAGACAAUGCCGCCGUCACCCUAUAUCCCAUCACAAAGGGGCCAUCGAGUAUUCCGCAAGACCUGAUUCGGUUCCUCCAUGCCGAAUUCAGCGCCGAGAUCACGCGCGGCAGCACGUAUCCCAUGGAAGAGCCGAUGGCCCUGCAAGCAUAUGCAGAUUACUGGUUUGGUACUUUUGCAGUUGUUGCGGUGCUCGAUGACCCGAGUGACAGCAAUGGAUUGAAGGAGGGGAGAGACUGGGAGAAGGUUUGCCUGGGGACUUUCUAUAUCAAGCCGAACUAUCCUGGUCGUUGCUCGCACAUUUGCAAUGCUGGCUUCCUCUCCGCCACCGCUGCUCGUGGAAAAGGCGUUGGACAAACGAUGGGCGAGGCAUACUUGGAUUUCGCGCCCGACUGUCUUUCCGGAUAUCGAGCUAAUUGUGUCCAGGGCUACACAUACUCCGUCUUUAACUUGGUAUUCGCCAACAACCCCGCCUCUAUUCGCAUCUGGGAGAAACUCGGCUUCAGCGUUAUUGGCCGUGUCCCCAAGGCCGCACGGCUAGCUAAUAGUAAGGAGCUCGUCGAUGCUCUGAUCUUCGGACGAGAGCUGGUCUAG